AUGGACGCCAACGCAGCUCAGCGACCUGCCCAGCCGGCGCCCGCUCAGCAGGCUUCCUUGAUCCGUCCGGAACAAGUGCAGAGGCUCCCACAACUGAAUCCCGCACAGAAGCAACAGUACGAGCAAGGCGUCAAAAGAUAUUGGGAGGUUCUGAACAGCACGCAGCAAGGGGAUCCAAAGUACAAUGAGGCAUACCAAGGACUAGUGCGAACGUCAGGCCUCUUGAUGGCUGGCAUGAAGCAAUGGCAGACAGCUGCUAAACAAAGACAAGUGGCCCAACAACAGGCUUCCCAACAGGCUGCUCAGCAGGCGCAAGCGCAGCAGCAAGCGCAGCAGCAACAACAGCAACAACAGCAGCAGGCACAGGCCCAGUCACAAGGUCAAAAGCAGGCUGCGCAAGUUGCGCAGGCACCCAAUGGUGCAGUGCAAGCUGGCAACAGUAGCAUGCAAUUUAAUCAACUGAUGCCCGAAAUUCAGAAAAGAGUCAAUGAACAAAACUUCUACUACCCACCGGCAAUGACAAAAGGGACCGAACCGGCGGAAAAUUGGUUGCGGGAGGCAAAGGCUCGGUUGGGACAGGCUCUGCAAAGACUUCAAGUUGCCAAACAAAAAAAGGCCGAAUUCCAACGUCAAGCACAGCAGCGACAGCAAGCGGGCAACCCUUUGACACCGCAAGAGACAGAAGUUUACAACAACAAAAUCGCACAGUGCGACCGAGCGAUCAACGAAAGUGGUUCCUUCAUGAAGAAGUUUAACGAACAGCAGGAACAAUUUCGUAGUGCACAACCACAACAUCAGUACACAAAACAAGCCACUGCAGGCGGUGAAGCCACUGAGUCGGGAGUGAUGCCUCACCUCCAACCAGGUGUCCAAGGCCCUCAGGCACAUUCAAUUAGCAGUGCUGUUUCUGCCGCUCGCAAUCAGGCCAAUACUGCUCAAGCAACUGUUCCUGCGGUGACAACUGCGCAGGCAGGCCAGAUCACUACCACAGCUUCGCAGGCCACGCCCGUUACUGCAACCCAACAACAAUUCCCUCCAACUGCGCCAACAGACGGUACCACAGCAGCGCGUCCGGUAUCUCAUCAGGGCCAGCCGAUAGCUCCCCAGAGCGCCACGCAAUCAGCCAUGCAUCCGCACCCUUUGAACACGAGCAUCAACAACGCCAAAACCCCCACACCUGUCAUCACCAAGAACCUCCAAGUUGCCGAGCCCAAACCCGUGCAAAUGCCGCCGUCCCGACCUACCAUGACGGGCGGUGCAGGUGUCGGACUGCCGGGACAACUUGCACAGCCGGCUCUUACUGCUCUCCCUGGAUACGUGUUGGAAUCGAGCGAAGAUGGCAGGGUCCUAUCGAAGAAGAAGCUGAAUGAGUUGGUUCGCGAAGUUUGUGGCCCAGGUCCAGACGAACAGCUUGAUCCAGAGGCUGAAGAGAUCUUUCUACAAGUCGCCGAUGACUUUGUUGAUGACGUUGUGACCCAGGCUUGCAAACUGGCUAAACUUCGUGGCUCCCCUAGCUUGGAACUGCGCGACAUUCAAAUCGUCCUGGAACGCCAGUAUAACAUACGAGUCCCAGGCUAUUCGACCGACGAGAUCAGAACUGUGCGACGCCCUCAAGCUGCGCCUGGUUGGGCUCACAAAAUGAGCGCCGUCCAGGCUGCCAAAUUGACUACUGGUGGAAGCAACACUGCAACGGUUGGCGCUGGUGGAAAGGACAAUUGA